GUUUCCUUAUCCCCGGACUCUGACUCAUUGGAAUGUGUGGAGAACAGCAAACCCUUGCAGCCUAUGAGAAAGUGAGGAAUUUGAGAAUUUCCCAGAGAGCAUGAAUGGCAUAAAGUAAAUUUAAGGAUAAUUAGGAGUGCUGCCUGCAUUGUGCAUUACACUGAUCUUUAAAAAUAUGAAAGGAUAGGUUCCAAUCUGGCUCAUGGCCAGAUGGCCACGUGAUUACGAGUAUGACUUCAAUCAGAAGGAAAAUGAUUGGAUUCCAUAUUGACCAUGAGUUUGCUUUCGACUUCAAUGAGAGAAGUUCAUCCAUUUUCUUUGACGGUAUCUUUCAAUUUCAUCAUUGGUAAUUGGAAAGGUUUGAAUAGCUGUUUUCUUUUCAGCUACCAGGGUAUUCACUAUUUAAGCAAGUUGGUCAAGGAUUUUUUUCUUCACAGAACCUCCUUAUAAAGGCCUUGUGCUCCUCUGUCCUCUCAUUUGUGUUUCAAUUACUUUGGCAUUUGAGCUGUUAUAUAAACAACUUGACCUAGAAAGAAACGGAGAGAUUUUGAUAUAAAGCAGGUGGCUUUGGAAUAACCUUUCCAUACAUAAUACCAACCUACUGUAUAUUGCCUCACGUCAAGUGUUUUGUAAGAUAUCUAUUACAAAUCCAAUCUCAAAGCGAUUUGUUCAACGUUAUCCCGAAAAGUUUUUUAGAAACACUGUAGAAAUAAACCAAGCUAAUUAUCAUAUGUCUCGCAGAAGGAUGAACUGACGCGCUUCAUUGGUACACCUUUGGAAAACAGGGCUUUGUUCUUCUCCACACAUGCCAUUCAGUCUGUUCCACAGGGCCAUUUCUGUAUAAUUAUUGUACUGAACUCAGCCAUCAUUAGCUCUAGUAUAAUCAUGCCGUCAAUUGUUAGCAAUUGUUGAUCGUCUGUUAUUACGUAGAAGCAGUAUUAUAUCAAUGGUCUGUCCGUGAGGCAAGAGUCUCUGUAGCUGCUACUAUAAGGAGGUCAGAUGUGGCAGAAGUUAGGGACUAUCAUAUCAGGAUUCAAGCACAGCCGUCAGACAACACCCUGUUGGGUGUCGUCCCGUCCUCCUGCAUAAGAAAGGCGAACAGGAAGUCAAAUAUGUGAGGAGUGAGAGUCGGCGAGGCGUUGUUUGAAGGUGUUGAAAGCCCUUUGAAAGGUAACUCUGCUUGUCUGGUUGUAACAUAGGGGAACUGGUGUUACUUAGCUCUGCUGUGGGCUGAUGAGUGGAUUAUUACUGGCCGUUUGUAACUGUUGGAAAUCUUUGCUAACUGCCUCUUCCCUGCCUGGACAUGCUCCUUGGCAUCAUUCCCCCUCCCCCUUCUUCUUCACCUCCUCUGAGAGAUAUUUCCACCUGCAUGCAAUGCAUGCUGGGUAGACAGUGUGUUUGCACUGGAGUGCCUCUGGGUGGCUGACCCCCUCUCGCCCUUCAUCACGCCUCCUCUUCCUCUUAUCAUACUCAAGCCUCAGUCUCCGCCCCACCUACAAGAUCUCAUUCUCCUCUUCAGUUCCAUUCAGUAUUCUGCUCCUCCUAUCCCUCACUCCCUCAUUUUUCUUCAUCACAGAUUCUAGAACUGACACACCAGACAUUCCAAAACAUCAGGACCGGUGUCAUUGCUUCGCAUCAAAUUUCGGCACAUCACUCCAUAGCUAUCUCAUCCCACCCUCAACUCCAAAUGAGUGGAAAGUAAUUUGGUGUGUGUGUGUGCUCAGUUCCUGGCAGGAUUUGUGUUUUUGCAGUUUGUGACUUCUCGGGACCUAGGGAUCAUUUUAGGGACCUAGGGCUCAUUUUAGGGACCUAGGACUCAUGUGACUUCCCAUUUUCUUAAUGAUAAUUUUCAAAAAUAAUGUGACAGUCGGCGAUAAGAAGUUAUGUUGUAGGUUUAAUUCAUGGGACUAAUGACAGUUUUGGCAAUCAAGAAGGUAGAGUUAAUGUAGACCUACUGUACGUCCUGUUUGAGAAUCCGGUAAAGGGCACAGAAGGUGAGGGGUACCUGUGGACAGCUGUGUGUUUGUCUGUCUUCAUGUUGUCUGUCUGAAUCAUUGUGUUUCUUUAUCUUAGUCUUGCCUGUAUCACCUGUCUGUCAGUGUCUUCCUCAUCUAUGACAACUCUCCAGUAAGCCCAUCCAUCCCCCUCCCUCAAAACCCUCCCACGAACCCUAACCUCCAUGGUUAAAGUUCACUACUGCUUUGAUGUACAGGAGGCAGCUGGACAUGGUAAAAUACCUGUUUGUUGUCUCUAAACCACCUAGUACUAGACACAUUGCCCCUGCCUUGACUAUCUGUAAUCUCUAUUCUUAUCCUCCUAAUUGCCUGUAAGAGCAUGCACCGGUCUCUCUCUCUCCCCCUUGCUAAAGACUGCCCUUGCACUUGCCUGCCCACCUCACCAGUAUUAUGCAAACACACGCCAGUGUUUGCCUACCUACCGCGGAGUGGUCUCUCUCUCCCAGAGAAUGAGGAGUAGAGUGAAAUGGUAGGCGAGGUGUCAGGUUGCCUGCCCAUGGAGCUGCCUUACUAACCCAGCUGCUUUAGUGGGAGAGAUCACAAUUUCCCUAUGUUGACAGUUGUGCCAAGCAGAUGUUACCAGUGGGGGGCGCUAUACAUUUGUUACUCUUUAAAACUAUCCUCAAGUUGGUAUCCUUAAGUUUUUCCCUUCCACAGUGAGAUAAAGUGAGAAAUUAAAUGGCGUCAUUUAGUUUACAGAUCAAGUAUUUCAAAUUCCAAACUGUUUAUAGAUCAUUGGCAGAUGAAAGAGUGGCACAUGUAUGCAAUCUUCUAUUUUGAACAUCUCUGUCAGGUGUGGCCUCUUUCUACUUCUAUCUAGUUCCCCUUGUGUUGUUAAUUUGAGGCACCACAUUUUGACUUCAGCCUUCAAAGCACACUAUCCUUAAUCUGCCCCUAACUUGAAACAGUCAUUCCCUCGGAAACAUCUGGAAAUACAUCCCAGCAAUUCAGCCAAUGCAAUCUAUUAAUCCUGCAUGAAGAGGGUACAUGUAUUUUGAAGGCCAGUGUCCUCUGUGUGUACCUAAUGACCUGCACAGAAUGCCCAUUUAUGUAAACCCCUUGUUGUGAGGCAAGUCUGUCUGUCUGUGUGUCUGUGUACAUGGCUGUCUGAGUUCAAAUAGAGAUCCAGUAGUAUUGAAGUUAGAUGUCUGUACCUAUGCCAGAUGAGUUAAUCUACUUAUUGCCAAGGAUGGCCAGUUGAAACACAAUUGAGAGGGGUUUCCUACACUCCCAUCAGCUAAAAAUAACUUUUAGCUGAGGUCUCUCUAGAGCAGGGCUCUUCAACCCAGUUCCGGGAGAGCUCCCCUCCUGUAGGUUUUCAAUCCAACCCCUGUUGUAACAAACCUGAUUCAGCUUAUCAACCAGCUAAUAAUUCAAAUCAGGUGUUCUAGAUCAUAAUACUUUAUCCUAGUAAUAGGUUUCAUUGGUUGGAUUCAGAAGCAACUGGAGAUAGUGGCUUUUGUAUCUGUGUGACUGUGGCCUGUCCGGCCUUGUACCCAGCCUCAAAGGCACUUCCUCUGUUAACUGUCACUCAAACUGAGAGCAUCUACCACCUGUCUAUCUGUGCUGAUCCUCCCUUGCCGACACACCAACACUCCACUCCUCGCUCCACACAUCUAGCUGUGAGACACACCAUAGACAGACCCACUAUCACCACAGCCUAGGAGCACUUGCUAACCUCCAAAGUUCACCACAGAAAGUGAUGAAGGGUUAAAUGACCGCCUGAGACCACUGUUUCCUGGUCAGAUUGAUGUCCAGGAGAGGAGGUCAGGGUGCUGGAAGUGAGUAGGGGUCAGCCAUCGGUCUACCACCACCAGGCCUGUUGCUGCUAGAUGCCUGCCACCCUCUCUGUCCCCCAGCCUGCACCAGCCCGGGCAGCUCCCCCUGGGCAUUGCAUUCAUUCCGUUCUCCCCAGUCCUCAACCCCACCUUCUCCCGCAGUCAUUCACUCAAUGUUUUGGCCUCGUGUCAAAGUCAGCUGUGUUUUAAAUGUCAAGAUCUGGGGGAACUCCACUGUUCGUUUUCACUCAUGUUUAAAAGUAAAUUCGCAGAUGUUCUGUAGCGUACACUCAUUGAUUGUGCCAUGCUCACUGAGUGUGUUCAUUUUUCUCUCCUUUUUGCUAUUGUUGGUAUAUACUCUGUUUAAUCCUUUUCCCCCUGCAGAGUUUAUGGCUGAAACUCUCCCAGCACCUUAGAUUGUCUCUGAUUUAUAUUAGUAUGAUACACUAUACAGGUCCAAAUCAAUGUGUAAUGCACUGUGUUAAUUGCGUAAGGACUGCGUAUAUCAAGCAUAUAGUGAGGUGGUGCCCUCUGGCCCUGGACAUGGUUGACGAAGCGCUCGUCUUGACGCAGUUAUUUAGUCAUUCCCCAUUAUGCUCAAUCGAUUCCUGCAGUAGUAGCUAGGCAGCUUUCCAUUAAGAGUGAAAUACAACCAGAUUUCACCCCACUCACCCCUGCCAGUCUCUGUGCUUUCUCCAGUGACUCACCCAAAAUCGAUCGUUCAAAUGUCCGUUUUUAUCUUAUUAUGAGCAGAUUGUGAGUUUUUUUUUCUGCAGAGGGUUUUUUCCUCACCUCUGACACAAAAUCCUGAUAUUGAAAGAUAAGACUUGUGAAUAAUUGUCAUUGAUUUGUUUUUCUACUCUUUCUCCAUUUGUUCCUUGAUGGACAUCCUUGCUUUGGGCUGAGCAUUUCCAAGGCUUUUGGUUUUGCAUGUGAUUGAGGCCAUAUAACCUUACAGGUCUAUUUGUGCUGACAUUAACCCUCUAGUUCAUAUACACACAGCCCUACAUAUGGAUUUCGGGCCCCAGACUGCUGAUGGUUUUCUCUCAAUGCAAUUUAACCUCUUAUGCAGUAGCCCUGUUGAGCAUGCUCCAGUUUCCACCAGCCCCACACAUGUCGCUCUCCUUGCUAGCGCUGCUUCGCCCAAUCAGGCGGCUUCGCCUACUGCUGCUUACCAGUCUCCAGAGCCCGCCCCCGUAGCCCCUGAACCCACCCCUGAGAGCUACAGUCUGCAACAGUCUGCCUCAGUCUCCAGCCUACAUGGCCAGGCUCCCCCCAUGCAAAAAGCCCCUCCCAUGUAUCAGGGGCAAUCCAUGUACCAGGGGCUUUGUAUGCAGAAGGGACCUCCCAUGCAGCAGGGACCUUCCAUGUACCAGGGGCUUUGUAUGCAGCAGGGACCUCCCAUGCAGCAGGGACCUCCCAUGUACCAAGGGCCUCCAAUGCAGCAGGGACCACCCAUGUACCAGGGGCCCCCCAUACACCAGGCCCCGCCUAUGCAGCGACAUCCCAUGCAGCAGCAGCCUCCCAUGCAGCAAAGCUCCAUCCAGAUCCCUGUGGGCCCUCCUCCACCCAAGGUGGUCAGCACAGCCUGCAUUGUGCCAGCUCCAGCCCCUGUUCCAACCCCAGCCACAGCCCCGGCCGCCCCUGAACCCCCCUCCAGCAGGCCACCCUGGAUCACGGACAACUCUUUUGCCAACAAGUUUGACCCCAGCAAGAGCACCAGCACCAGCAUGAAAGUGCCUGCUCUACCUCAGAGUGCCCCACCAGCACCAGCCUACAUCCCAAACCCUGGCUCCGCCCACACCCCUCCCUCUGCCCCAAGCCCUGCCUAUAAUCCCAGCCCCGCCCCCUACAACCCCGCCCCUGCCCCCUUCCCUCCCAUUGCCCGGGGCGUAGCCCAAAGGGCGGAGCGCUUUGCUGCCAACAGCAGCAGAGCACCCCUCUGUGGCGCUUGCAACAACAUGAUCCGGGGACCCUUCCUGGUGGCCUUGGGUCGCUCCUGGCACCCAGAGGAGUUCAACUGUCACUACUGCCACACAUCGCUGGCAGACUGCAGCUUUGUGGAGGAGCAGAACGCAGUGUACUGUGAGAACUGCUACGGAGAGUUUUUUGCUCCCACCUGUGCACGCUGCAACACCAAGAUCAUGGGGGAGGUGAUGCAUGCUCUGCGGCAGACAUGGCACACCACCUGCUUUGUGUGUGCUGCCUGUGGCAAGGCCUUUGGAAACAGCCUAUUCCACAUGGAGGACGGGGAGCCUUACUGCGAGAAAGAUUACAUUUCACUCUUCAGCACCAAAUGCCAUGGCUGUGACUUCCCAGUAGAAGCGGGAGACAAGUUCAUUGAAGCACUGGGUCAUACCUGGCACGAUACCUGCUUUGUCUGUGCGGUGUGCCAUGUGAACCUGGAGGGCCAGCCCUUCUACUCCAAGAAGGACAAGCCCCUGUGCAAGAAGCACGCUCACGCCAUCAAUGUGUAAAUGCUCCAUCUGCAGCCUUAUGGGGUGGUGGGCAGGUACUUACGUAGCUAUGCCCAAGCCUUGGCAAUGAGCCCUAUAGAGGGGGCAUUGAUCUCAGUGUAAAUUAUGAAAAACACAAGCUGAAGAUGAUAGCGACAAGAUUUGACCGUCAGUCGUGACAAAAUAUUAGUUAGGUUUGUAUUUAUUAAUUUCACUGACAAAUGAAUUCUAAUGUAUAUUUUAUAUCAGAGAAUUCUGAUGUAAACAUUUUUGCUAUUCCACUGAGUACCUAGAGGGCCUCAAUCCAGGAAGGUUGGAGCUACAGACACAUGCAGACUGAGUGGAGUAGCAGGGUUCUUCAGUAAAUAAGAUGCCUUAUUUCACAGCAACACUGUGUGCUUUGUUUUGAAUGUAAAACCCCAAAUAGCGACACAAAUAGCUUGCAGUGAAUGUAGUAAGACCGUUUUAGGAUUGUAUACACUAGGUUUAACAUGAUAAUGCCUCACGCUGUGAACUGAUACAGUAUAUCAUGACACAUGUAGGCCUACUAAUACUGUUGGAUUUCACAGAGCUAUUAUUAUACAUUAUAGUUUAAGUGAUAUUUAUUGCAACUCUGACAGUUAUAUUAUUUAUUUACAUAGAAUAAAAUGAAAGCAUAACAUUCAUGGAUGUUUAUAUUGCUGAUAAAGCAAAAGUUAUAUUGCCUUUUGUUGACAGCUGCAUCGUACAGAGGUUCAUAGUAUUAUAUGAAGUACAUCACUCAAACUUUUUCAUCCUGGAUUCAUUUGAAAUCCAGUCAAAAAACAAUACAAAGAUAGUAAUCUCAAAUUAUGAUACAGUAGUAACAUACAUCUUUAGGGAUACAGAUAGGAGAUGAGGAAACUUAUAUUUAUGGGGUAGGGAAGUUAGGAUUUUUUAAAUGUGUCUCAAACGUGGAAAUCAAGGAAGUACCCUGGAUCUUUUUACAGCAUGUAAGAGAGGCAAGCACUGGCCUGGGGUCUUACAAAUACAUUUUACACAGCAAAUGUCUAUGCAUCUCUGUAUGAAGUGCUACAAUUAAACAAGAAUUCAUAGGAAAUAUCUGUCAAGGCCAAAAACAGCCAUUCACAAUAAUUUCGCUCUCACUAGCACACACCUUAAAGGUCAGUUGCGACCUUGUGCUUGUGUACAGAUGCUUUACUUUGAGUUUAUUUUAUACAUCUGUGUAUUUUCUGUGUUUGUGUAAGUGUAUGUAUGCAUGCAAGAGUUUGUACAUGAUUGUCAGUGCAUGUCUACUGAGGCAACAUCAGUAUUAGUUACAGUAUGUAAAUGUGCCACAAGAGUAGCAAGGUUUAUUGUGAUUUGACAUAACUCUGAGAACACUAGACUGAGUACUUUUGAUAUGCGUAUGUAUGUAGAUCAUCGAGUAAGGAAAGCAUAGUCAGUGCCAGUUCAAAAUAAACCUUACAUGGUACCAUUGAGGGAAGACUUGAAUUGUUGCUAAAUAUUUGUUUAAGCAACUCGUUUGUUUUGAAAGUUCAGCAUAUUGAAACUAGUUAUAUAGUUUCCAACCACUAGAGUGCAACAGAGUGUUGAAACCAUGCUGGCUAAUUGGUAUGCCUCACACGCUAGUCACUAUUUAUACAUAGUACACUCACUGUAUGUUCCCUUGGUCCCCAAGCAAACACUACAAAGCCAUUUGUCACCCCUGUACACUCAUCAUACGCAACAGGUCAAUGUCAAUAUUUUUUACAGAUCCCAUGUGUCAGCCAUAUACUGUAUGGACUCUUCCUCCCUAAUCAGAUACAGAAUGUAUAUUGUGAAUUUUGCCAA